AUGGCCUUCUCCAACCUGUCUGCUUGCUCCAGCGACCUGAGCUACAGCAGCCGGAUCUGCCUGCCCGGGUCCUAUGACUCCUGCACCGACUCCUCCUGGCAGGUGGACGACUGUCCAGAGAGCUGCUGCGAGCCCCCCUGCUGUGCCCCCAGCUGCUGCGCCCCGGCCCCCCGCCUGACCCUCCUCUGCGCCCCAGUGAGCUGCGAGUCCAGUCCCUGCUGCCAGCCAGCCUGCAGCAGCUCAUGCCUGGCCUUGGGCUGCCAGCAGUCUAGCUGCCAGUCCUCCUGCUGCACCUCCUCCCCCUGCCAGCAGGCCUGCUGUGAGCCCGUCUGCUGCAGGCCUGUCUGCUGCACUCCUGUCUGUUGCACACCUGUCUGUUGCACACCUGUGUGCUAUGAAGCCUCCCCCUGUUCUACCUCCUCAUGCUGCCAGCAGUCUAGCUGCCAGCCCUCCUGCUGCACCUCCUCCCCCUGCCAGCAGGCCUGCUGUGAGCCCGUCUGCUGCAGGCCUGUCUGCUGCAGGCCCGUGUGCUGUGAGCCUGUCUGCUGCAGGCCCGUGUGCUGUGAGGCCUCCCCCUGCUCAACCCCCUCGUCCUGCUGCAGACCCUCCUCCUCCGUGUCCCUCCUCUGCCGCCCCGUGUGCCGCCCCGCCUGCUACGUGCCCACCUCCUCCUGCCAGCCCAGCUGCUACCGCCCAGCCUCCUCCGUGUCCCUCCUCUGCCGCCCCGUGUGCCGCCCUGCCUGCUGCGUGCCUGCCUCCUCCUGCCAGCCCAGCUGCUGCCGCCCGGCCUCCUCCGUGUCCCUGCUCUGCCGGCCCGCAUGCUCUCGCCCAGCCUGCUGUGUCCCUGCCUUGACCCCGGAGCCCUGCUGCUGA